AUGAAUAAAAAGUAUUUCGCUUUUUCUGUAUCUUUUGAUGCUUGGUUAUACGGCGUCCCAAGGCUUCCUUCGUUUGUUCCAAGCCACCGUAACAAACACACAGACCGUAUGAAUUUUGGGCAAAGGUUUCAAACGUUCAUUGGAGAUUGUUUAGAUUUAUUAGUUAAUACGCUACUCAAAAGACCACCCUUCGCAGAAGAAUUUUCAAUCAAGGAUGUUGAAAAGGAAAAUAUUUUUACGAUAAGUAGGAAGGCAAGUUAUUAUUUGUAUUUGGAAGAUCUAACUUUAGGAUACCCACGCCCGAACAUGCCUAACACGAUGAGUGUCGGAGAUAUUGUGGUUGGCUAUCCAAGUUACCCUCUUCCAUACGAGUUGGAUAAAUUUAUAGGAAACUCAAAUGCCAUAUUAGUUUCAUUUGGAAGUUAUGUAGAAUACCUAAAUGAAGAAACUGUGAAAAAGUUUUGUUCUUCUUUCCAAAGGUUGGAAAACUAUAAAUUUAUUUUCAAGUCAAAAAACAAAACACUUUGUGGCGAUCAUCCCAAAAAUUUGUUAACUCAGCCAUGGAUCCCCCAAAACGAUUUGUUAGCUGACAGUCGCAUAAAACUGUUUGUAACCCAUGGUGGGUUCAACAGCAUGAUGGAAAGUGUGUAUCACGCCAAACCCGUUGUUGUGUUUCCAUUGAUGAAUGAUCAAAUUGGUUUGGCUUCAUACGCUGAAAGACACAAUUAUGGAGUUGAAAUGGACUUUAGUAACUGGGAAGUUGAUGAACUUAGAAACAACAUAAUCCGUGUUUUGAACAACAAAACAUUCGAAGAAAGUAUUAAAAGGUCAUCCGAUAUACUGAGAGAUAGGAAAACGUCAGCUGCUGAAAGAGUUUCGGACGCCAUAAAUCACGUGGUGAAAUAUGGAGAUGAACAUUUGAAGUCUGGUGCAUCGGAUUUGUAUUGGUUUCAAUUUAUCAUGUUCGACAUCUUCUGUGUUUUGUUAUUAACGAUUCUAAUCUCAGCUGUGCUUGUAACUUUUAUUGUCAAAUAUUUGUUUAAAAAGAUUUUCAAUAUUGUUAAAUGUUCUCUAAAACGUAAAAAUGAUUAA